AACAAUUUUAUAAUGGAAGUUGGAAACGAUUUGAAACGCCGGCGUCACUGGAACCCAUCACUCGCCAUUCCGGUGCCAUCACCGCCGCUCUUAGCAGCUCUCCUCCGGAAGAACAGUCAAACCGCCGCACUUCUCCAUAUCCAGAAAUUACAUAACCAGUCUCGCUAACCAAAGUUGCUCGGUGUUUUUACAAGGCUGAAAAAUGUCAACUGGUCCUGGACUUGAGUCUCUUGUAGAUCAGACAAUUUCUGUUAUUACAAAUGAUGGACGCAACAUAGUGGGAGUCUUGAAAGGGUUUGACCAGGCCACAAACAUCAUCCUUGAUGAAUCUCAUGAACGUGUAUACUCCACUAAGGAAGGCGUGCAGCAACUUGUGUUGGGUUUGUACAUAAUAAGAGGAGAUAAUAUAAGCAUUGUUGGUGAACUCGAUGAAGAGCUUGAUUCUGCUCUUGACCUGCCAAACCUGAGAGCACAUCCUCUCAAGCCUGUCAUCCACUAAUUCAACUGUUGCUAAGUAGGUGCCGUCCCAUAAUGGUACUCAAGUAUAUUGGCUUAGGACAUGCAAAUUGUUUCAAUAUGCUGUUCCUGGUGAAUGUAAUUUUAGGGUCUGGAAAAUAUUGAAAUUGGUUAAAAUUCUAUGUAGGGGUGCUUCUGAUUUCAUACUUCCGAGCGCAUGAUGUUUUGUUUUGCAACGACAUAUCUAACAUGUUUAUUGGGAAAUAUAUGAGCAUGUAGAUUACCGGACAUGUUGGUUGAGUCAUCUGCAAGAUGUGCAAAUGCCUUUUUCCCAUUCACACAAUUAGUACAAAGUACAAAUUACAAAGACUCGACAUGAUUAGUGGAGAUAAAUAGGUAUCAGUGAUAGGGAAUAAGGCAUGUGUAUGAUU